AUGAAUGUCGAUGAGCAAGCAAAUAUGACUGAUCAAUUAUCAACAGUUUCAACAAAUUUAGAUCAAGAAUCUUUACUUGCACUUGUCUCUGUUCGUCCUCCAACACCAGAUAAAUGUGCUGUUUGUUUAAAUAAUAAACAAACAGAUGUUAUUGCUCGAAUUGAUUCUUGUUCACAUACAUUUUGUUUUUCUUGUAUACUUGAAUGGUCAAAAGUUCGUGCUAUAUGUCCAUUAUGUAAACAACCAUUUAAUAUAAUAACACGUGAACGUUAUUCUGGUGAAAUAAUUGAAGAAGUUCGUGUACAAACAUCACGACGAUCAACAUUACCACCACCAACAUUUACUAAUCUUAAUGACGUUCUGAAUUGGUUUGAUUAUCAUCCUCAAAGAUUACAUAAUCCAAAUGAUCAUAGACGUAAUGAUAUAUUUCGACAAAUGGUUUAUGUUGAAUGGUUAAAUACUUUACAAUCUAUUGUUCGUCGACCAAAUAACAAUUCAAGAAAUUCUUCUCAUUCAUCAUCAGUUCGUUCUGUAAAUCCGUCAACCUCUUGGUCAAAUUUAAUACCUCUUGAUUCAGUACGUCGUCUACUUCGUCGUUACUUACGUCAAACAACGUCAGAAUUACGACAAUCAACAAUCUAUUCACAAUCAAUACGUCAAACAGUUGCAUUUCGUAAAUAUAUUUAUAUAAAUCAUUUAAACGUUCAUACUCCAUUACUUGGACAUAAUCAUGAUACAUUAACUAGACGAGAAUGUUCACCAACGUGGUAUGCAUCAAAUCCAGCUUGUCUUCAUCGUCUUGUACCAUUUUUAGCACGGGAACUAUUAGCUUUAUUAUCGAAUGAUGAACGAGCAAUUGAACAGAUAAUACAAGAAAUUUUAACAACUAUACAAUUACAUCAUAUACGUUCAAAUUAUUUAACAAGAAAAUUAAAUGAAUAUCUUGGACGUUAUACAAAACAUUUUAUACAUGAAUUUUAUACAUAUGCUCGUUGUCCAUAUGAUUUAACUGGUUUUGAUCGUCAUGCACAAUAUCCAACAUUGAAUUCAUCAUCAUUAGUCGUACCACCAAUGGAAAUUUCAUUAGAUGAUGAUAAUGAUGGAGGUGAACAUUCACCAAUUAUACUUGAUGAAACUCCUGAUAUAUUAGCAAUCGAUACUAUUGAUAUUAUUUCUUCACCACAACCAACAACAAUAGAAUCUGAAGAACGAUCAUCAUCACCUGAAUGUGAAAUAGUUGAAUAUGUUGAACCAAAUAUUGAAAGAAGUCCUCCUAGUCUAAUUGUUUUGUCUGAAGAUGAUGAUGAUGAUGACGAUGAUGAUGGUAAUGAUGACGAUAAUGAUAUUAAUGAAUUACAAAUACAAGCAUCAUCAUCUACAAAACGAAAAAUGAUAGAAAUAAAUUCUCCGACAAGUGUUAUUUUAGAUGAUGAUGAACAACAACAAAUAAAUAAUUCUAAUGAAGAACAACUAGAAAGAGAAGACAAUGAACAAUGA